AUGCCAGCUCAGCCAAUUACGCCCGCAUAUCCCAUCGACAAGUCCUCUGCAGUCAAUAUUGACUUCAAUGGCGACGAAUAUCUCUUGCGUUGGGAUGGUGAUUGGAGGGAGACGCCAGAUUUAACAUCUUUCCCACAUGUAGAUAAUGCAACAGUCACUCUCAUACCGCAGAGCGAACGUGUUAAAGAGUUAUGGGCAACAUCUCAGGUGCUCGCAUACGGUGCGGAUUCUCAUAUAAGGAUCUUAGAUUCUUGUGGGGAUAAAUUCUCAGUCUGUAAGGUCGCCAUCAAUGAUCGCCAAAGGCAGCUGCUUCAAGGAGAGUUCUCCAUUCUACGGCAUUUAUCGUCUAAAGACCUUCCUGUUGUUCGUAUACACCAAGAGCCAUUGGCUGACGAGGAAGGUAUUUUUGGCUUUAGAAUGGAGAGGCUAUCCAAUAUUGAUAUAGGCGUUGCGGCCGAGUAUAUACCGGAGGUUGCAAAGGCAUUCGAAGAAGUGCAUCUUACUGGCGUUGUGCAUUAUGACAUCUCUCCAAGCAAUAUAAUGCUGAACCAAAAUGGUAAGGUUACCAUCAUCGACUUCGGCCGAGCUGGAUAUAUUGGGCAGGAGGUGCCUUCUAUCAAAGCUGUGGGGAAGCCAAAGGAGAAGGAAAUUUACUCGGUUGAGUCUGAUAAUAUCUCUUUAGAAAGAGUCAAUGGUAUAUUUCUUCGAAAGGGGCGCUUCAAUUAA